AUGCUUUGGCCGCAAUACCGCUACGAGCCCUUUUUUUUCCUUUUUGUACAUUUAAUAACCAUUUUAAUAAUUUUAACGAUUAUAACCGUAAAUAAUUGGUAUUUAACCGCUUUUUUUAAAUAUUUAAAUUUAACCGGUAAUUGCAAAUAUUAUUUUUCGUACCCAAUUACGUAA